AAAGAGAAAACGCAGCCGGCUAACCCGGUGCAGCAUUCAAUCAAUCGUACAUACGCAGCUGACUUACUACUGUCUUCUUGUUUCAGGUAGCAAAUAUGGUGCUAAAAGCUGUGUGCGUCCUGAAAGGAACUGGAGAGGUCACUGGAACAGUGUUCUUUGAGCAAGAGGGUGACAAUGGUCCAGUCAAGCUGACAGGAGAGAUUUCAGGACUGACCCCUGGGGAACAUGGUUUUCAUGUACAUGCCUUCGGGGACAACACUAAUGGGUGCAUCAGUGCUGGCCCCCAUUUCAACCCCCACAGCAAGACCCAUGGAGGACCCACUGAUGAUGUCAGGCAUGUCGGGGACCUGGGGAACGUCACAGCAGGACAGGACAACGUGGCAAAGAUCAGCAUCCAGGACAAGCACCUAACCCUCAACGGAGUCCACUCUAUCAUCGGCAGAACCAUGGUGAUCCACGAGAAAGCUGACGACCUGGGGAAAGGAGGCAACGAAGAGAGCCUGAAGACGGGCAACGCUGGAGGUCGCUUGGCCUGCGGUGUCAUCGGCAUCACCCAGUAGACCUCUGUUGCCUCACCCAAUCAGGAGCACGGGAAACCACUAACGCCCAGUGAAGACCAACAUAGCCAGCCCAUAUAAUGGAAAGUUCUUAUGUGAAAUGAGCCACGUUGGAAAACUAAAAAUGCCCUUUUCCUUCCCGUGACUGAACUGGUGAAAGCAUGUGCCUCUAUACUGCUCUUAAGUCUUGUCAAGACAAGUCAUAUAUUUUUGUGUGUGGUGGACGGAAGGAAGGGGACAGUCAAGUUUUCGAAUGUGGCCAGAGGUUUAUAUUGACCAGAGAUUAAAGCACUUAGAGUUGGGUCUAGAACACUGCUUCGUAAGAUGUUUGUGAGUAACCAUGUGUUCCAAAGAGUUAGUAUGGAAUAUGCUAUGUAAUCAAUGUUUUCAGUGUUCUAGAAGCACAUUAAUCAAUAAAUGGUUGCUGAUUAAA